AUGGAUACAGAGAUGGAUACGUCCGUAGGCUCUUCUAUCACGGUUGACAACGUGCUUAUGGGAGACCCCAAAAACCAUGCAUCCCCACCCACCAAUGCGGAAUUCAAGCAUGAGGAUGCCGAUGACGACUCGGAGAGUGCUCAUGACAUGCUACGGAUUUUUCGAAGUGAAGACAACGAUCGUGACUCAACCAACAGUUCCAUGACUUCUGCCUCCUUGAUAUCUGGCUUGCCUGAAAGCAAAUCAUCUGGUGCAAAUCAAGCUUCUCGAAAGAAAUUCUCGAUACCGAAUGCGGAAUCUCCUUUACAGCGUUCGAAAAUGGUAGCCAAAUUUCGAGCCAAGUCUUCGAUUCCCACGAAAUUGCCGCCUACUGAAUACGGCCGUCAGUGUGUUGCAGCAGCUUACGCGUCUAGACUAAAUCCAUACGCACUUCACGAAGAUGAACACCAUCUGCUCCAGGACCGCUUAUGUCACCUCCAUGUCACAGUAUAUCUGAACAUCCGAAACGGAAUUCUUCGCCUUUGGGCACGCAAUCCCAAUGUCAGCGUCAACCUUGAAGAAGCCAUCGGAUGUGCAAAAGAUGAACGAUGGACUCAGCUUGCCUGUUUUGCUUAUGAAUGGCUCGUUCGAGGUGGUUACAUCAAUUUCGGCUGCGUUGAAGUUCCCUUGGGUAUCAAGACGACAAGAGGUCGAAGAAACGAGAGCAGUGGACAAACAAUUGUCGUCAUUGGUGGCGGAAUGGCUGGUCUGGGUUGUGCCCGACAACUGACAAGUGUUUUCAAUCAUUUUCCGGACCACACCCCUCCUCAAGUUGUGGUCCUCGAAGGGCGUGGAAGAAUUGGUGGUCGGAUCUAUUCCCAUCCUCUCACGAGUAGGGUGUCCGAGGACUUGGCACUACAUCAGAGGCCGACUGCCGAAAUGGGCGCACAUAUCAUAGUUGGAUUUGAGCAUGGCAAUCCAUUAGAUACAAUCGUGCGCGGCCAAUUGGCUUUGGACUGCCAUUCCCUCCGCGAUCUUUCGACCUUGUACGAUACCGACGGUUCAGCUGUCGAUGAGCACCAAGAUACUAUGGUAGAGAGACUCUACAACGACGUUUUGGAUCGCUCGGGGCAAUAUAGGUACAAGCGGCAAAAGCCAAGAACUGCGAUGGGCGAAAAAGAAAUGAUCGACUCUGGUAGAGAUGCAAGUGAAGAUGAUGGACUGACUAUCAGCCAGUAUGAAGAAGCAACCGCUUCUGGGACAAUUGAUCUGUUGCUGCCCGCUAAAUCAAGACGACGAGGAGUGGGGCAUAAGGCGGCCAAGCAGGACAAACCAAGCGAACAAGUGGACACGGAUAUGGACACCCAGACUCAGCUUCCUGCGGCGACCGCUGCUAAGGAGAUCGGGUUUCACCUCAAGUCUACAACCCGGCUGGACGAGUCAUUAGAUCUCGACCGGCUUGCUGCAAGUCCUAAUGCUUCAUUAGGCGACGUACUUGACGAAGGUGUGAGACAGUACACCCGAUUUCUUGAACUCCGGCCGAAAGCAAUGCGACUAUUGAAUUGGCAUUUCGCAAACCUCGAGUAUGCGAAUGCAGCCAACGUGGAAAGGCUUAGCUUAAGUGGCUGGGACCAGGAUUCUGGGAACGAGUUUGAAGGCGAGCACGCACAGAUCAUUGGUGGAUACCAACAGGUUCCCCGAGCUUUGUGGAGAUUUCCAGACAAGCUAGAUGUACGGACCAACAAACCCGUUUCGCAGAUUCGUUAUGAUCCUCGUGAUCCUGGUGGCAGAGCGACAGUGACGUGCGAGGACGGCGAGGUGAUUGAGGCUGACAAGGUCGUCAUCACCGCGCCGUUGGGGGUUCUUAAGCAGCAGUCUAUCCAGUUUCACCCACCUUUGCCGCAGUGGAAACAGGCAGCGAUCUCCAGACUUGGAUUCGGCUUGCUGAACAAGAUCGUUCUCGUGUUCGAUAGGCCAUUCUGGGACGUCGAUCGUGACAUGUUUGGACUACUUCGAGAGCCACGAUCUGGCAGCGGGUUCGCUCAAGAUGAUUACCGGGCUGGUCGUGGCCAAUUUUACCUCUUUUGGAAUUGCAUCGAAACAAGCGGCUUACCGGUCCUCAUCGCUCUGAUGGCUGGGGACUCUGCCCACGAAGCCGAGACCAAGAGCGAUCACGACCUCGUCUCCUCCUGUCUGGCUCAAUUACGGAAAGUCUUUGGCGAAUCAAGCGUACCCACGCCAUCAGAGACCAUUGUAACACGAUGGGGUUCGGAUCGCUUUGCGCGGGGCACUUACUCCUUUGUGGCGGCAGAAGCCCAGCCGCAAGAUUAUGAUACUCUUGCUAGAAGCCUGGGCAAUCUCUACUUUGCUGGUGAAGCGACAUGCGGCAGCCAUCCUGCAACGGUUCAUGGCGCCUAUCUCUCUGGUCUUCGCGCUGCUUCAGACAUUCUCGAAGCGAUAAUCGGACCGAUCAGCCUACCAAAUCCGUUAGUGGUGGAGACGAAAUCCAGCAAUGGUAAUCCGGUCGAUCUGACCGCGGUCGUGACACCAGUUACAGCCCCGAAGCGAAAAGGCGACCCUGUCAUUCCGGCGGGCACAUUUACGCGCCCCGUCAAGGAGCCCACUUCCUCCCUACAGCAAGACUGGGACGCAGCGAUGUGGGAUUAUAUAUACGCGGCCAUUGGCUUCGCACCUCCACAGCCGUCCAAGUCGGGUACCAAUCCAUUUCUACUAUAUCAAAAAGACCACUGGAACGCCUGCAAAGAACGGUGUGACUCAAAGAAGCGGACGUCGACUGGCAAGGCCAACGUAAAGACUGGAAGAGACGAGGUUCGGAUCGAGCUGGGUAGAAUGUGGAAGUUGUUGAGUGAUGAGGAGAAAGCGCCGUAUGUCGAGAGGACCAGGACACAUAAGGAUGCCAACGAUGACGCGAUCAUGGCGUGGAAGGCGGCAUGUGUGGAAUGGGACAAACGUACAUGGGAGGUCAAGGACGAAUGGAUCAAGCAAGGCAAUGCUUUUGAGGAGUGGGUGAGGAAGAGGAACGGUGGCGGAGUCGAUUGCGGGACACUGCAGGGUGAGUCAUCCCCCCUGACGAGGCAUCUCAAGAUAGCCCUGAUCGAGUCACAACCACUCUCCAAGCUCCGGGGCUGGAAUCCCAGAGCAGACGAGUACUCGAAUCGAGCAAGCAGCUUGACCCCUGCCUCGGUCUCCUUUCUGGAAGCAAUCGGUGCUUGGAAGCAUGUCGAGCAAUCACGCGUGCAGCCGUACAAUGAAAUGCAAGUUUGGGACGGUUCUAAUGGAUCGAAGAUGCGGUUCGACUGGAGCUCCGACCCAGACAAGAGUCACAGCCCGUUGCGGACGGUGGCGACUAUGACGGAGAAUGCGAACCUGAGCAAAGGCUUGUCGUCAAGAGUGAUAGAGGUGGAAGAGAGCGAGUCGGGGGACGGGCAGAACGGGGGUCGAGGGAGUCUGAUGUUCGGCUCCACAGUCUCGUCGAUUGAAAAUGGUCUCGAUGACCCGCACGGUCUCAACCUUUCUUCCUGGCCCAUCGUCUCCGUAUCGUCCGCCGAACGCAAAGCCCCAACCAGCAUGGCCGCCCGGCUCCUGGUAGGUGCUGAUGGAGCGAACAGUCCGGUACGGGCUUUCGCUGGCAUUCCCUCGAACGGAUGGGACUACAGUCGACACGGAGUGGUAGCAACGGUGAACCUUGACUCCCAGCCAGGAAACGACAUCGAUUCUCUCUUCACCUCGCACCCACAGAGAAUCACCGCAUACCAGCGAUUUCUCCCUGCACUCGGCGGUCCGAUCGCACUGCUGCCGCUCCCCAACGGGAAAGCAUCUCUCGUGUGGUCCACAACCGCGUCUAACGCUACAUAUCUCAAAUCGCUCCCCCUGGAGACCUUCACAACAAUGAUCAACGCCGCCUUCCGCCUCUCCAUGACCGAUCUAGCAUACAUGUUCACCCUCCCCACCUCAGCCAACCACUCCACCACCAGCAAAUCCUACACCCACGCCCAAGAGCUGACCUGGCGCCUCUCCCACACCCCUCUCCCCCCCCCCCGCCCCCCGCUCGUUACCUCGACCCAAGCCGACAGCAUCGCCUCCUUCCCCCUCCGCUUCCGCCAAUCGAGAGGUGGGGGAGGGGCGUGCUUGUCGGGGGCACUUGUGACCUUUUGGAGAGGGUUUAUGGCGUCAAUGGCGGUGUUGUGGGGUGGGGGAGGGGGGUUGGGAUGGGGUUGCUGGAUAGGUGGGAGGGAGCCAAGGGGUUCAUUAUGGGGAGGGCGGAGGGGAAGUGAGCUAGAUCUUUGA